AUGGGCUCGCCAGAUCUAGAUCAGGAUAUCUCCCCUAUCCCCAGGUCUCGGGAGGAAAACCAGGAGAGAGCCUUCAUUGCUGCCUCGCGGCGCAAAGACCGGAGCCUGGAUGCGCGGCUGGAAUCGGCCAACCGGGCGUCGAUGCUGCACAAGAAGCGCACCGGCAAGGCUUUUCACAUCACCAAGGAGAUUGUCGAGAAAGAGGCCAUGUACGAGGAAGUCGACGAGCGGUAUCAAGAGAAGCGCAUCCGCAUGCUGCAGGCGCAAAACAUGCAGAUCGAGGAGCAGUUCCACCGCCAUCUACUGGCGGCGUUUGCGGCUCGUGCGCAUGGCUCGCACUCGACGGGCUCGUCUAUUGCCAGCCGUCGCGCCAGCAUGACACCGCGUUCCUCAGUGGACGGUGGCUCGCGAAAGAUGACUAUCGACUUGUCGAAUAUUCGCAGCUCGUUCCCGCCGGCUAUGGGCAGCAUGGAGUCUGCGUCGAUGGCCAGUCCUAGUACCGUUGCCCCCAGCGAUGGCUACGUGCUGUCACCUACGACAACGUAUGACCCCAAUGCGCAGUCGUACAUGACUGCCAUGGAUGGCGCGUACGAGCAGCCCGCACCACUCAUAUCCGCCACCACGGCCGCUACCCCAUCGACCCAGGUCCCCGCCUAUGUGGCCCAGCCCACGCCAGCCUGGUCCACCCCAUCGUGGGUUACAUACCAGCAGCCGCAGCAGCCACAGCAAGUGCCGACGCCCGGACAGACCCCCACAGACGCCCACGCAGUGCACCUGUGGCAGCAGCAGAUGAUGCAGCAAGCGCAGAUGCCCGCGGACACGGCGACAACCAUGCACAUGCGCCAAUUCCGCGACCGACUGGCUUCGGCACCCGAACUGCCGCUGCAGCCGUCAGCGGUCUCCGCCUCGGUGUCGGGCCCCAGCCGCAGCCAGGGUCACCGGGCGAGCCACGGCCACUCGCGCGGCCAGUCGCAACCGACCAACCCGUUCCACAACAACUUGCAGCUCCUGACGCAGGGCACACAUCUGGCCCAGAUGCCGCACGCCUCCCGCCCGGCCUCACCCAAGGUCGAGGCCCUGUCUGCCGGCACCAAGUCCACCCCAGACUUCUGCCCGACCCCCAACACUCCCUUGUCCCCGACCACGGCCGCGCAUGCGAUGCCGGUGGCCGCGCCUGUCUCCAAGGAAGAAGGUGACGACGGGGUCAUGGUGUCGCACGAGGAUCUGGACCCGGACUUUAACGAGUUCAGUCAGUUUGCGCUGGGGCUGGGCAACACGUCCUUUGGGGAUCGUGAGACCUUUGGCUUCGAUGAGCUUGUUACUCUCGAGGACUUUACGACUGUGUCGUGCUGA